AUGCUAAAAACUCCUAGUCUGAAAUCCUUCUCUAAUCCAAGUGAAAGAAAUCAAUCUGAAUAAUACAUUUAGUGUUAUACCAAUAAGAUCGUCAGACAAGUCCAACAACUCAAUUCCUCCUACUAUGAAGAAGACCAAUUCGAUCAAUGCUAAAAUACCAAUAACAUACAACAAUUCGAGGAUUAUAUGCAAAAUCUAGUGGCCAUCAUCUCAAACCCACCGAACUCACAAUAUCUAAGCAAAUACUAUGUCCUUUCUACAGAAAAUGAAACUAUAACAUUUAUAAGUGAAACACACCCAGAAACCCUUAUGGAUUACAUUAAAUUAAGACACCAGAAUAAUGCCCCAAUGAACGAAGAUGAGAUCGUUCAUUUGGCAUAUGCAAUACUUAAUGGCUUAUCGAAUAUCAAUAUCUUGUAUUUGAGUCCCUCCUACAUAAUCAAGAAAUGGAAGAUCAUCAACUACAUGGAGUAAAUGGUCCACCAAAACCAAAGAUAAUUUCUGGAAUCCGAAGACAAAUUAUACUUAGCCCCAGAACUAUAUAAAUAUCUGGACAUCGAACUCAAUGAUUGUGACGAUUUCAAUAAACAUCUCAGUUAAGAGAUUAAUGCUCCUAAGGCAUCUGUCUUUUCCUUAGGAAUCAUACUAUUACAAUGCAUCUAUUUUGAAUUCAAAAAGGAUAACACCAAUAAUUAUUAGGAGAUUCUUAAGAACUCUAAAUAUAGUUGGUCUUUGAGAGACCUCAUCCAAUAGAUGUUAAGAGAAGAAGAUGAAAGGAGUUCGAUUAAAGAAUUACUUCAAAAUCCUUUAUUCUAUGAACACAAGUAAGUGGAAAUCCAGCCUAAACUUUCAAAUCAAAUGUCUUUGGCAGUAUUUUUCCAAUUUGUCAAGAAUAAAUUUUUCAACCUGGAUUGGGCAGAUCAAUUUUUUUCUAUGGAAGAAAUAAUUUACAUUAGUGAUCUCAAGGAGGGUAUUUAUCCAAUCGGUGAAUUGAAAUCUGAAAUUAACAGUUAGAUCACUUAAAUCAUUUAGAAUUGCCCCAAUAAUUGCACCCUUGAAGAGUUGAUUGCUACUCUUACCAAAAUAGCCAAUCCUUAGUAAUAAGAGGAAAAUCAAGUGGUCUAACCUAAGAAACAAUAAUUUUUAUUCAGAAAAUGGUUUAAAAAACAAGAAUAGAAAAGUGAAGACAUGUAAGAAUAGGUACUCGCCCCUUAGGAACCAACCUAUAUGGCUUAGGUUUUAUUGUUAAAAUUGAUAUCCUAGGCCUCUGAGAAAGCCUUUUAAGCCUUCAUUUCUAAGGUAAUUCAUUUUAUGGGAGGGUCUGGUUUAAUUUGGUAAAACAUAAGAAAGGCAUUUUGGCCAAGAGCACUUGGUUUUGAAUCCUUGGAAGCCUAACGAUAAAUUGUAUAAUUGACACUUGAAUUAUGUGAAUAUUUGAAUGCUUAAAAAUAGAAGGAUAUCAUUCAACUUGAAAAAGACUUGAACAGACAAAAAUACAAUAAAAGAACUCAGGAUGCAAUAAGAAGUACAAUAAGAGGAUUUAUCAAUUAGUCUGUUUCAAAUUGUUAUAUAUAAGGGAUGGAUUCCAUUUCUUAUAUCCUCUUAGAAGCCUUUAAUUAUGAUUCCGAACUCAGUACAAUAUGUUUGAAUGAGAUCUACAAGAAAAGGAUUGUCAAUUUACCACCAGAAGAAGAGUAAGUGGAAAUUAGUGAGUAUUUCGGAUAAAAAUUAUAGGAAAAGAUCUUACUUUACAAUUGGACUCUCUAGUAUUUUGAUCCAGGAUUAAGCAAUCAUCUAAAGGAAACUGACUUCAAGUGUGAGACUCAUAUUGUCUCUUGGUUUAGUACUUUUUAUGCCAGAGAAUUCAACUUAGAGAAUGUAAUGAAAAUUUAUGAUUAUUUCUUAAUUUCUGAUGAAUCAUUCGAAAUCCUGUUAGCAUGUUAAAUUAUGUUGGAACUCAAAUCAACCUUUGAAAUUAAAGAUAGUGAAGGCAUGCUCAGUUGUCUCAAGAAUCUUUAGAAUAAUAUACAAUUGGAUAAUUGCUUGUAGAAUUCCCUCAAAUUUUCAACUUAAUUGCAUAAAACGUUUUUCAUUCUCACUCAUCAGGAUGAAGAGAUUUGCAAUUAAAUGAAGGAGGAAAACGAGUACUUAUAAGAAAGACCAUGGGAACAUCCAUUAACAUUUAAGUAAUUAUAAGAGCAAUAGACAUUUUCUAUUUCCAUUCAUGAUUUCCAAUAAUUGUUGAGGGAACAAAAAUAAUCCUUCAAUGUCUUAUCUUUGGAUAUGAGAAGUGCUAAGGAUUAUGAAUAGGCUUGCAUAACUGGUUCCUUGUUUGCAUACUAUGAUAAAAAAAAAAUAAAUAAUAUUCAAUUACUAAACUACUUCGAACUGAGAGGACUGGUUGAAGAACAAAGCAUUUAUUAUAUAGUUGUGAUAUGCGAUACUGAUAAGCAGAAUGUAAAAGAAAUUAUGGAUUAUUUACUUAAGUAACGAAUUAAACGUCUUGUACAUCUAAAAGGAGGAAUUUAGGCUGCUUUGCUUGAUGCUCAGGAUAUAAUAAAAGUUAAAUAGAAGGCAGUCUUACCUCCCUGGAUAAAAUCACAAAUCGAUGAAUUAAAGAAAAAAAACAUAUAAUGAAAGAUUGAUUGAUAAUAAUAUAUUUUAAAUUAAGAACUUUAUAUUUAAUUUC